CUCUCUUUCACGCCGCGGCGGGCGGCGCUGGCGGCGACCAGGCACGCAAAAGCCUAGACCACGAGACACGAGCCACGACCACGACUCAUUAGCCGUCCAUCUGUUUCGGCAAGACAACACAAGACACUGGAACACAACACAACACGGACACUCAACUUCUCUCUCUCUCAACCUCACUCCCCACCAUGCCCCUCCCAGACUACGGCAACGAAAUGGCCGGCGCGUGGUCCACGCCCGCCGCGUCAGCAGCCCACCCAGCAGCAGCCGCACCAGCCGCCGCCGAGCCAUCAGUCGAGAGCACGCUCGAGAAGGAACGCACAAUCAAGACCAUCUUCGAGCUGCGCGACGGCCUGCGCGGGCUGCUGGUCCGCAUUACCGAGGUCGAGAAGGAGACGGACAAGCUGCGCAACGACAACGAGUUUCUCGGCACCUACAUCGACAACCUUACGCGCAACACGGUCGUCGCGGCCGGUCAGAAGCGCUAGUUGUACGCGGCCGCGGAAGAGCAAGGGCUGGAAUCGCGUGGGGUGGUGUCGUCGGCGUGUCGAGCAGUGGGCUCGACCUGCCAUCCACGCGAGUCGGCCAUCUCGGCGCCCACCGUCAUGUCCGCCGGCUUUCGUGCGCACGUGAGCGGCCAGCUGCACAUUACCUAGCAUACAGACACACCUCAUAAUCAUUGUAGACGCACGGCAUGGCCUCGCAUUGUAACCUAAUGUACUUGUUAGUGGG